AUGCACCCUGUUGGCUCACGCAAGUGGACCCAAUGUGUCUGUGACCACGUGUGGUGUGCGAGUGCAAAUGCGGCUUACGGCCGCAUUUGCACCACCAGCCGGCGGUGUAAGCCGGUCGAGGAGGCCUUUUUUCGUCCCGUCGAUAGCGCGGCAUUUCUGGACCGAACUCCUCGUCUCCUUUGCCCCGUAGCUGAGUUGUCCUCGACGUCAGAAUCGACCCCAGAAGGUCGUUACGGCCGGAUUCCUCUAAGGACGGUUGUUCAUUCGCUCGUCGGUCAAUGGAACCAACUGAUGAGUAAUCUUGUCGUUGCACUUUCCCAUCCAACCAACGUUCAGGUUGGCAGGAUUUUGUAA